ACGACAGCCGGGAGGUGGGACGCCAUCCGCCCGAGCGGCGUGAGAGCGGCCGGUUCCCUUCGGCGGCGCGACUCCUUCGGUCUCUCGGGCGGAACAGAGACGACGAUGGCGGCGGGGCGCGAGCCAGGGACACGUCGGAGCCACGCCUCUCCCGCUCCAACCCGCACUACCACUCCGAGGGGAAGGGCCUCAAAAAGAAGAACAACUGGGCGUCGGAGCGCGAGCUCAACAGCUCGCUGAGCCCCGUGCAGAAGGAGCGCAGCCACAGCUUCUGCGAGAAGGCUGACACCAAGCGGCGCUACUCCUACCACGAGAACAAGGUGCUGCGCGACGAGGCCCGGGCGCGCCUCGACCGCCAUGAGGAGGCCGCCUCCGCGGGCACCAACGCCUCGCCCAAGAGCCAGCUGGACGCCCUGGGCCCGGACCUCACGAGAGACGCCCGCCCAGCCACGCCGCCCACACCCACGCCCACCUCCGUGCAGUCCUCGACCCCCGAUGACACUUCGCACGAGAACAUUUACGAGAACCUGCCCGCCCACACCAUGAAGGAGGGCGACUUGAAAGGGAGUCAGGAGGCCUCGGAGGGCGGCGUGACGGAGGCGCAGACGAGGCCCAUCGAGAGGGCGGAGCGGGAGCGGCGGUCCGUCAGGAAGCUGACGAAGGACUCGGGCUACGAGACGUCUCCGUACAGCGAAACCGACUACGCGAACAUUGAUCUCUACUCUGACGCCGACGCCACGGCGGACGGCGACGGCGACGACAUUACCCUGGCGCCAGAGUCCGAGUUGGCGCCGCCCUCGCCUACGCCCGACGCCCAAGCACCCGACCGACAGCCCGACCACGCCCAUCUACACACAUCGAGUCAAAUAAGGUAGGUCACCACGUGUUAUUCGU